UUUUGUAAUAUGGUACGAUUUUUGUUUGUUAAAAAGAAUAUUCUUUUUACUUCAUUUCAUUCGCGGACGCGUGCGCGCAAUGGACAUUUCAAAUUGAAUGGUUUUUUAUUUUUUUUGAAAAUAAUUCUUAUUUAGGAUAAAUACAUUUGAUAGUAUUUGUUAUCUUAUGGUAAAAAAUAUGAAUAGGAUAAUAAAAAAUUAUUUUAUAGUACCGAAUAGAGGUCGCUGUGCUGUUGCGCACGAUUAUAAAUAUCAAACAAACAAAGCGACGCAGAUGUUAAUUCACUCAAAAACAUGAUCGUUUAUUGUAUUAUAAUUUAAUUUUCGAUUGUGCAAAAAGUUGUGAUGUUUUCACAGCCAAAAGAAUCUCCCUCUGUAGAGGACUUUACCGAAGACGAUUCUUUGGGAUCUUCGAUAAGUUUGAGCGUAGGUGAAAACUCGAUACAUAUAAAAGAAAAGCCUAAAUUGGUAAAAGAACCUGAACCUCCACCUGACAAUGAAAUAAAUCUUGAAGAAAAAUGGUGGUUAAAAAGACCAGAUACGCGUCUUGAAAUCACAAAUGCUAAAGCAAUAGAAAUGAAGACGAAGAAAACACCUACACCUUCACCAGACAUUAGCUCUUCUAUGAAGGAAUUUCUUGAGAAAGAGAAAAUGUGCAAAAUUAUGCAUAAAAGCGAAGGAGAGGUUAAAGAUAAGGAUGAUACAUUAUGUGAUAUACUUGCUUCUGUAGCUUUUGACAAAUAUCAAUCAGAUUUUGAAAAUGCAACCGAUGAAGACAUAGGUAGCAUUCUAGAAGAAAUGAGCAGAAUUGCUGGGGCUUUAAGUCCAAAUUCUGCUGCAGACAAUGCAAAAUCUGGAAGUUCAAGUAAACACCAUACAGAAGAAGAAAAGUCUGUAGAAGAAUUGCUAGAAGAGGCUGAAAAACUUGUACUCAAAAAUACUAGUAAUUUAUCAAAGAGCAUAUCAAAGUCUGAAACUUUAGUUUCUGAUAAUGAUCAAGAUAAUCAGGAAGAUUUAAGUAGAGUUAGAAAAUUAGAGGAAGAUAUUUUUCAGUUGAUAAAAGAAGAAGUACAUAAGGAAUCAGAGAAGAUUAAGAAAAGUCCGAAAUAUGAAAAAAAAAGAGAUACUAGUCCUGGAAUUGAAAUGGUUUAUGAGAAUAUCAAUAUUUUGCGACCUCCUAAGACAUUAGAAUUUCAAAGAAAAAAGUUUGAGGAGCAGAAAGUAGAGAUAUCUAGUAGUUCUGAUUUAGAUGAUCCAAUUGAAAGACAUUCAAGAUCAGAAGAAUUAAAAAGUAUUAAAAAAAUGAGUGAAAGUAAAGAUAGUUUGCAAAAAGAAAUAACAGAUGUUGAUAAAGAUUUUUUUGAAAACCUUCUGAAAAGAUCUAAAGAAAGGUUAGAAGGUGGUAUGUCGGGUAGUUCUAGCUUUGGACAAGAAGAUUUUUCACAUUUUUUAAAAUUGUUACAAGGUCAAAGUGAUAAAAAGGAACAAGAAUUAAAAGAAACUAUGCCAAUAUAUGAUCUUUUUUUAAAAUCAACAAAAAAAGAUGGUAUUUCUACUGUGGAGGGACAAUCAAUUACUGAUAAGAGUCCAGAAUUUCCGGAGAAGGAAAUUUCUGAAAUACUGGAGAAGGAACUACCUCAUACUCAUACUACAGGAAUAGAGCACAAAACGGGUGAAAUAGAAUUAAGGAAAUCCAAAGAAGUUCGUCAGUUAGACGAUAGAAAAAUAAUUGAUGCUUCUUAUUCUAUUAAACGAACGCAUGAUCAGUUUAUAUUACAUAAGACAGAUCAGAUUUCUCCCAAAGUUACUGAUACGAACGAUGACAAUAAAAAGGUUGUCAAUUCCAAAAAUGAAUUGUAUACUGUGGGUCUUACUCCUAGGUUAGAAUUGUUUGCAGAUGCUAUUCCUAAGCUCAUUGCUGAAAAAUCUAAUGAAAAUAUACAAAAAGAUAAUAAAGUAAUUGUAGAAAGUGAUAAGGAAUCUAUUAUAAAGGAAACUAACACAAAAGUUAAAACUAAUACAGCAAGUUCGGAAAAAACUUCUCGAGUUAAUAGUAAAGAUUCUUACCUACGUGAUUGGCGGAAACGUGUAUCGGAUUUGCCUAAAACUAGUCGUGUUGCGUCAGAUAAUAAGAAUCAGAAGAAAGAAAUUAGAUUCUGUAAAUCUAAAAGUUAUGAUCAGAUCUGUAAACCACAAUUAAAGAACUCUCAAGAAAAUAUAAAAGUUCCAAAAUCUGCAGACAUUACAAGAAAAGCGAAUCCAUUAAUAACUAAGAAAUCUCCUAUAUUGAAAUCAAAAAUACAAUCCAAGCCUGUUUCAAAGUUUUUACCUAAAAGUAAAAUGCUCUCACAGUCAAAGGGUGAUAUAGAAAAAGCUGGUUCCACAUUAAGUUUACCAUGUAGAUCUUCUCAAUUUAGAUCUUCACCGGAAAAUCCAAUGGCUGGUGGUGAUACGAAACAGAAUGUAAUAAAAAAAGAUUGGGAAGCGUCAUGUCGUGAAGAAAAACAUAAAAAUAUUUUAUUAAAACAGCAAUUGGAAUCUGAAGUAAAAUUAUAUAAAAGUCAAAUAGAUAAUAUGCGUAUAUCUUUUGAGGAAGAGCUCUUUGCAUUAAGAAAAGAGAAUAUAAUUUUGAAAGCAAAAAUAGAUGAGCUGUCUUUAAAUGAAAAACAUGGAAAUGUUCAUUCAAAGUCAGAUGCUAAAGUUAUCGUUUUGGAACAAGAGAUAGAAAAGCUAGAAAAUGUAAUUCGUACGUAUGAAGCUGAGAAUAAAAAAUUGAUACAAGAUACAAAACGUAUGCAGGAAGAAAUAAAAAAGUUGCAGCAAAAACAGAAAUCUACUACAUUAGAAACGAACGAAAUGCAACGUUUAAUAGAUCGUAUUAAAGAUUUAGAGGAAGAAGCAUUAAAAUUAAAUUUAGAAGUUUCUGAGCUUAAAGAGAAAAAUGCUGAUUGUACUUUGAAGAAUGAUGAUUUAAUACAACAAAAUGGUUUACUUAAUGAUGAAUUGGAAAUGUUUAAAGAACAAUUUAGAGCAAAGAAUGACUUUAUUACAGAUAGGUUACAGGCGAUGACUAAGGUAGAAGUCGACUUGAAAAAACAAGUGGAAGAACUGAAUAUAAAGUUAAGUUCUAAAAACGAUCAAUUACGCACAACAAAAUCAGAAUUUGAAAAACUUCAACAAAAAGUUCUACCUUUAGAGAGGGAGCUUUUAGAAUUUAGAGUUAAGGAAGGUAAUCUCCAAGAAAAAUUACAGACUGCUAAAAAUCAUGUUGAACGUGAGAAGCAACUUACACAAAAAUUGAAGGAUCAAGUAAUACUUGAUAACAAAAAAAUUAUGGAUUUAACCAGACAGGUACGUGAAAUGGAACGUAUUCUUAAAAGAAAAAAUCCAGAUUCUGUAUCUGCUUUAAUAUUAACUGCCAAUUCGGAACAAGACAAAAUUGGUACUGAAAAAGUAAAACUUCUUGAAGAAAGAAUAGCCGUUCUUGAAAAAGAAAUAGAAACCAAAGAAGAUAUCUCACAGCAAAAGUUGUUUGACUUGCAACAAAAGUUUUCUGAUAUGAAAGAAAAGUAUAUAUCGCAGAUAACAGAAUUAGAAGGUAAACUACUAGAAGCAACUGUUGCAAAUCAAAAGGUAUAUAAUGAUAUGUUUACACAAACAACUUUUAAAACUAAUGAAAGUAAAGGAGUAGAAACGUAUAAAAAAGAUGAAAGGUCUUUAUCAAUUGAUAAAGAGGAAAGAAAGGAUCAAAGAAUUGUAAAAGUUGGUCCAAAAUCACAAAAUCCAAAAGAAGAUGCUCAUCUUAUUGCAACAAUACGUGGGCUUAAAUUGGAACUUUCAAAUAAAGAUAGGGCAGUUUCUAAACUUACAAAAGAAUAUCAAGAAUUACAAAAGACUAACAGACGAUUACAGAAAGAACGCGAGAAACUUUUAAAUGAUCGUAGGACGUUUAAAAGUGCAGAUCUUGAAAAAGCUAAUGCAAAAUUGUUGGUUUCACGAUCUACAGAAGGUAAUGAUCAGAACUCAAACAUAUAUCAAAAUGGACAUGUAGCAGAUCAGGGUUCACGAUUGACCGCGUCUACUCAUAAAUUAUAUGAUCCAAUGCAUUAUACAGAAACUACUGACAAUGCUUUGAUAAAAAAAUUAUUGAACGAUAAUGAAAUUUUAAAGGAAGAACUGAGCAAAAUAAAUAAGGACUUCAUGGCACUGAAAAACAAGAGACUUCAUGAUUUGAAUCUUCUACAGGAAGAACAUGAACGAGAAAUGGCUACUCUUGUGAAGGAAUAUAGCGUUAAAUUUGGAGAUUCUAAAGUGGUAAAAUUACAGGGACAGGUUAAUACACAGGUAGCUGUAAUUACUCAUCUGAAGGAACAGAUUGAUAAAUUAAGAGAUUACAAAGAGCAGGUGGUUGUGUUAAAGGCUGAACGAGAACAUUUAGAAAAUAAAGUGAAAACACUAAAUGAGAAAGUUAAAUACCUUUCUACGCCGGGAACUGAGCAGUUACAAUUACUACAGGACAAAAUUACAAUUCUUCAGCAGAGGCACGAAAGUCGCGAAAUGACCUUACAGUCUUUGGUACGUAAUUUGCUUAGAAAUCGUACGCAGUGUAAAGACUGUAAGAAUGAAAAGGGUAAAAAUCGACAGCUUUGUUAUUUUCGCCAAGAACUUGAUCAUAUUCUUGCAAUGUUACAAGAAAUUGCCAAUUCUCAUUAACACUGACACGCAUUUAAUGUGUCUUUUUAAAGUGCCCAUAAGACUGUUAUUAGUCACAUGAUUGUAAACAUCACAUAAUCUAAUAUGUGGUGGUUAUUUAGUUUGUUGACCGAUAUGAUUCGUUUUAUUUGAAUCACGUCGAGGAAAAGCCAUGGCCAAAGUCUAACGUCCAUGAUAUAAUUACUAUUAGCUUUAGCCGUGUAUUUUUCUUUUCUCGCUAUUGCAUCAAUUGAUGUUGAGACUAUUACAGAAGUUUUAUCGCCGCGAAUACAAAUAUCAAAAAAACUUCUUAUGAAAAUCAAUGAGAUUUUUCAUCACUGCCAAAGAUACAACUACUAAUAAGAUAGUAGUUACUAUAUAGCUAUCAACGAAGUUAUAUACGUUAUUAAAUCUCUUUGUCUUCUCUCUUAUGCCUGCUUGCCAUUAUACAUGUGU